AUGGAAUUAUUCAUUCGCUUCCUAUUUUGUCCGAAAUUAUCAAAGUUUGCUCGACAACCGGUCAAUAUUAUCGAUUUAAUAGCGACAUUGUCAUUUUACGUUGACUGGGCAUUGGAUAAAACAGUAGCCGGUGCUAACCGUGAUACUGUUGAAUUCGUUUCCAUUGUUCGAAUUUUUCGACUAUUCAAAUUGACGCAACAUUCCUCAGGAUUGAAAAUUCUAAUUCAAACAUUUAAAGCGUCUGCUCAGGAAUUGUUGCUAUUGGUAUUUUUUGUACUACUUGGUAUUGUAAUAUUUGCCGCAUUAGUUUAUUAUGCGGAGAGAGUGGAAACAAAUCCAGGCAAUCAAUUUCAUUCUAUUCCUAUCGGAUUAUGGUGGGCAAUCAUUACUAUGUGUACAAUUGGCUUUGGAGAUAUGGUGCCAAAAACAUAUUUGGGUAUGUUGGUUGGCUCCAUUUGUGCAUUAAUGGGAGUGCUAACAAUCGCACUUCCAGUUCCGGUUAUUGUCUCCAAUUUUGCAAUGUUUUAUUCACAUGCCCAAGCACGAUCAAAAUUACCGAAAAAACGUCGCCGUAUUUUACAACCGCAUGAAAUUAAACCGAUAGUUGGAAAAUUAGCAAAUAUAGGACUUUUUAAUAGCUUAGCACAUAAAAAUAUCUCGCCAAUUCAUUCAUUGGGAGCUUUAACGGCAACAACGCCAUUAUUGAUGUGUCCGCCGACGACAAAUUUUACCGCUAAUUUACAAACAAACGAAAGUAAUCAAACUGGAACUCAUUAUCACAUGAAUGAUAGAAGUAAUAAUGCAUCGGAUGGGGACAAAAAUGAUUAA